AUGCUUGGAGUUGACCGUGGUAACUAUUCACCAACAGAACCCUAUGCCGAUUCCCCACAGUCCAUAGGAUAUUCGGCCACCAUCUCUGCUCCACACAUGCAUGGCCAUGCCUGCGAAUUUCUUCUACCUUUUCUCCAUUCUGGGUCCCGUGUUCUGGAUAUUGGAUGCGGCUCAGGCUACUUGACUCAUGUUUUCGCAAAUCUUAUUUCAGACAAAUCAUCCUCUUCAUCGCCCGCGGAUGGUUGUGUUAUCGGCAUUGAUCAUAUUCAAGAACUAGUCGACAUGUCCCGAAGUAAUAUGACAAAGUCUGAGUCUGGCCGUAAGCUACUUGAGUCCGAAAAAGUUAAAUUUGUUACUGGUGAUGGUCGUCUGGGCUGGCUGCCGGAUGGCCCAUAUGAUGCUAUUCACGUUGGAGCUGCAGCAGCUACUAUGCACCCAGCAUUGAUAGAGCAACUGAAAGCACCUGGCCGAAUGUUCAUUCCAGUUCAGCUGGGCGGUGAAGAUGGAACACACUCCAUUUUUGGGUUGGGCGGCCCACAGUACAUCUGGGUUGUUGACAAAAAUGAAUACGGCUCCAUUCAUAAAGAAAAGAUUUUUGGGGUUAGCUAUGUACCCUUAACUGAUUCACCUAAGUAA